GGUUCAUUCGUUGUGGAACUGUACAAUGAUCAUGCACCCAAGACCUGCAAGAACUUUGCAACCCUUGCUCAGAGAGGAUAUUACAACGAUGUCGUCUUCCAUCGCAUUAUUCCGAAUUUCAUGAUCCAAGGCGGCGAUCCCACAGGGACUGGACGAGGAGGUAGUUCGAUUUACGGCGAAAAAUUCGAGGACGAAAUCAAUACUUCACUAAAGCACACUGGAGCUGGUAUCCUGAGUAUGGCCAAUAGCGGACCGAACACCAACGGCAGCCAGUUUUUUAUCACCCUGGCUCCCACACCCUGGCUAGAUGGGAAGCAUACAAUAUUCGGGAGAGUAAAGAGUGGGCUCAGGGUCAUUCAACGCAUGGGACUAGUCAAAACGGACAGUGAAGACCGGCCUCAAGACCCCGUCAAGAUCAUCAGAGCACGCAUUGUGGAGGAAGGCGCCGAGGAUUGA